AUGGAUGGAGAUGCAAAGUUAAUAUUAUCAUUAAUUGCAAAAAUUAAUAUGAAAUUACCAUGUAAUAGUGGUAAAAAAUUAGAGAUUUUAGAAUCAGAUCCUUUAAUGUUACAGACAGUAAAUUCAAUAAUCGAUUUAUCAAGAUAUAGACUUAGUUUUAUAGCAGAUAAUCUUGCGCGUUUGUUAGAGACCAUAUCAAAGACAACAUUACCGAAUGCUACUGAAGAAAACAUUCCGAUUGAUAUUUUGCAAUCUCAAUUAUUCAUUAUUAAAAUACUUUCAGCAUGUGUAAUAAAUCAUUGGACAUUCGUUCAAGGAAUAAAUCGUUCAUUAGCAAAACAACCACAAUCAGAAACUACCCAAACACAUUUGGGAGGUUCCAAAUCCAAUCAUAACUAUCAUAAUUCCACAAAUGGUCAUAGAGUAUUCAUACCACCAAAAUCAUCUGAUGAUCCUCCUCCAUUAGAGGAUUUUCUUGCUAAAUUUAUUUUAAGUGUUUUAUCAAGGCAUGCUGGCCAUGUUAUUUUUUACAUAAGCGCCUCAAAUUGGAAUGUUGUAUUUUCAAGAAUUAAGAGCAGAAUAGGUUAUUUGACAUCUACAAAUGAUGACUGGCCAGAGACUGCAGAAUUAAAAUUUUUGGAAUGCUCUGAUUUAAAUUCAAAAAGAUUAUCAAUAGUUAUACAAGAGUUAUGUGGUUCAUUCCUUAAUCUUAAAAAGUCGGCACAAUUAGCUAUGGCCCAGGUUUUACGUAAAUCUAUUUGGAAUUGGAUUAAAGUUUUUCCUGAAGAAUUUAUAGCUUUAUGUCAAAGUGAAAAACGUCUGGAAGGUGGUCCUGAAAUUUUAUUUGAUAUUUGUAAUAAUCUAGCUGAUAACAACCGUAGGAAACAAUUUUUUUGGCCAUUACAGACAAUGUUGUUGAUUUUGUGCCCUGAUAUUCUUCAUAGCGCGGCAUCGAGUGAGCGUACACCUGUUAUGUCAAAAAAAGUGGCUUUUCUUGAGAAUUUGAAAAGUUCUCUAAAAAGGCCUCGUUUAGCUGAAGUUGCCGUUGAAUGUUAUGUUGAUAUAUGUAAAGCUUCAACUUAUGUGUCUAGGAAAGAUUCAAAAGCUUUACGUUUGAUUGUACCAGAAAUCGAGAAUGAUUUACAGGAAAGACUUUUUGAUCCUGCUAGAAGCUUGACAUACGAUAAUCAAUUUGAUCAAAGCCUUAUGACUGAUUGUUUGAUUGCCUUAUUCAAAUUAAACGAUACUACUUUAAAAUCAUUAAUUCCGGUCUGUCUAAAUGAAAAUGCACCGAGUGUUUUCAAAUUAGUAUUGGUUAAAAGCUGUUAUGUUAUUGCUUCAGAUGAAAAUAAAUUUCCUUGGAACCCGCAGCUUUCAACAAUGUAUCCUGUUCUUGCUACACCACUUCGAAGUUUAUUUCAUCAAUAUAUUACCAGUCGUGAUAGGUUAGAUGUUAAGAAAAAGAAGCAAACAAGAGAAAGACCAGAUGAAAUUAAUGAGAGAAUGGAAAUUAUUUUAACAAUUUUGAAAUUAUAUAAAUCUGAUCCUUUGUUAGUACUUGUACAUAGUGAUGCAAAUGAGAACCCUGAUGAGAUUCGAAGGGUCAUUUAUGGGAUGACUUUAUGUGUAAAUGAUCACAAUCCUGUAAUUCGCACCACUGCAGCUGAAACAUUAAUAAAGCUACACGAUUUAAAAUAUAUUGAACAAUGGAGUUCAAAUGAUAAAAGGAUGCGUAGUUUUUGGGUUAUUAGUUCACAAGUUAUGUUAGCUAUUGCUAGACAAAUAUUAGAAUAUAAAGAACCUGAAGAGAGUACAAAAUAUUUGCUUGAUCUUUUACUUCAAUUAUUUAAACGACGUAACGAAUUCUUAAAAGCUCAUAAGGCUCAGCUAACUGCUGAACUUAUAGGCGACGAAGUAGACAUUCAAGCUGUUCCACCCUCAGAAUUACCAAUUGUAGAGAAUAUGGAUGUAUAUUUGGAGUUAUCUUCAGAACCAUCCAUAGUUCCAGGACGAAUUGCACAACAAAAACGUAUAAGAAAGUUACUUCGGUUGAUGAAGAAACCCACCCCAGGAAAUCUUGCAGCAUGGGAAGAAGCUUACAAACGUUGGAAAGUAUUGACAUCAUUGAUUGCAAGGUCAACAGAUGACCAAACAAUAUUAGAAGAUGUGGGCAAAAAAAGAAUGGCAAAAAUGGCUAAUCAAUUUACUGUAGUACCUACAGAUUCUCAAUCAAAUGAAUGGCUGAAUUACACUGGAUUUCUUGCAGCAAUAGGAGGGUGUUGUGUUAACGAAAAGCAAAUAAAUAUAAAUGGUGAUGGCAAAUUUUAUGAUCCUUCAGGAAAUGAGCAUAAUGAACAUAUAAUUGUAGGUCCUCAAGGAUCUGAUUAUCAUUCAAUGGCCGAGCAAUUUGUUCAAGAGAUGUUUGAUUUGUUGGUAUGUGAUACAGUUUAUGUUCGUGAAAAUGUUAAAGAGAUGCUUGGUUCAGAAUUGAGUCCAAGAUUAUAUGUUAUUCUUUUUCGAAAUCUUGAGUCAGUUGUUUCACGGUUUUUUGAUGCAGAUGGGGAGGCAAAGUCAAAUGAAAGAUGCACAAUUUUUGCGGAACAAGCAAUAUCUAUUUUGAAAUUGAUACUUGAACGUAUUCAAGAUGCAUCCGAAAAUUUGUAUACAGUUGAUCUUGGUGGACUUGUUUUAUCAUUUGCCCGAUAUUUAAAUAGACUAGAAUCCAACAGUGUGGCACUUCGUGUCAAAAAAAAGAUGUGUCAACUCGCCGAAGUAUUAAUGAUCAAGAAAGAUUAUAUUACCCUCCGGCAAGAGAUCAAAUUAAGAAAUAAAUUAUUAGAAAUAUUUAUUGAAUGGACAUUGGAUUAUUCUAUGAAAACUGAUGGAAAAGGCAAUGAUGAUAUUUCAUCGAGUAAGAGUGAACGAAUGCAUCGUGAUCUAGAUCAGGCUUGUUUAAAAGCAAUUGUUUCCAUUUUGGCACAAUUGCCUUUACAACCAUCGGAGACAGUACAUGAAGCAGAUCUUAGCCUUGUUAAAUCACGUUUAUUUUAUAAAUAUUUCACGUUUUUCAUAAAAUUGUUAAAUCGAUGUCGUAUUUUAGAAGCCAUUGAUAGCGGAACACAAUCUGCAAAAAAUAAUCCUGAUUUACAAUUGCUUUUGUCAAGGUCUAAAGAAUAUGUCAAAGAUCUAGGUCCAUUGAAAGAUUACACUAUUUUGGCAUUAAGUAAUUUGCUUAGUGCUAAUGUGGAUUCAGGGCUAAAGCAUUCUCUUUCGAUGGGUUACCAUGAAGAUACUAAGACAAAAACUGCUUUUAUGCAAGUACUUACAAACAUAUUAAACCAGGGCACCGAAUUUGAAGGACUUGCUGAAAAUGCAAUGGAUGAUAGAUUUGAUAAGCUUGUGGAGCUAAUAACUGAUUCUGAUUUGAGUAUUGCGCUUUCACUUUGUGAAGUCUGUCCUGUGUCUGAUAUUGAUGAAGUUUCCCGAGUUCUUUUAGCUGUUUUUGAUUCACGUCAUCAAACCAUGCCUUUGCUAAAAGCUAUUAUUGAAAAAGAAGUAGCAAAUACAGAAUAUGAGUCAGAUUUAUUCCGUCGCAAUUGUAUGGCCACUCGUAUGUUGACAGCCUUCGGCAAAACUCACGGAGCUGAAUAUUUACGUAAAACCUUACAGCCACUUUUGGCUAAUUUGUUAAAUCAACAAAAUGAUUUUAGUUAUGAGCUUAAUCCUGCAAAUUUAGGACCUGAUGAAGACAUUUCAAAAAAUUUACAGAAUUUGAUAAAUACUGCAAAAUCAUUUUUAGAUGUCUGUCAUUAUAUUGGAAAAUCUGUAGAAAAAAAAUAUCCACAGGCGAAAUGUACAACUAUUGGUGCUUUUAUAUUUCUUCGAUUUUUUAAUCCAGCUAUUGUGGCACCAGAUAGUGAAAAUCUUUGCGAUACCAUCAAAAACGCAAAAAUCCGCCGAACAUUAUUGCUAGUUACCAAAGUUAUACAAAAUCUUGCAAACAAUGUUCUUUUUGGUGCAAAAGAACCCCAUAUGAUUUUGUUGAACAAUUUUUUGGAUGAUAAUAUUGUUAAGAUGACUGCUUUUCUUGAAGAAGUUUCCGAAUUACCUGUUGCUUCACAACUUUCCGAACACAAAUCAAGGGAGGCAUCUAAUAUACAUAGAUUAAGUGAUGCUAAUCGGAAAGCAUUCCAUAGACAUCUUGUUGAAAAUCAAGAAAGAAUUGCUAAAGAUCUUCAAACACGUAGGGUAAAAUCGAUUGGCACUACAGUGCACAAUAAUAUAUCUUUAGAUUUUACUUAUGCAAAUAAAAAGUCUUGGGAUAAAAUCUCAACUCUUCUUGCACAAAUUGGUCCACCAAUUGAAAGUCAGAAGAAAGAUUUUGCUGUCAUUGGAACAAAUCAUUUUGAAACAAAUAAUCAGCUUUUUUCAGAAUUUAUGCGUAGAAAUGCAAACAGAAACAUCGAUUCAAUAAUAUCUAAAGAAAUAUUUUACAAAGGAGGUGUUUCAAAAGAAAAAAGACCAUUAUUUUAUUUAAUUUUACGUAGACUUGAGCCUGAUUACAUUGAUAUGGAUCUUUUAAUGUAUCAUAUUUUACAUAUUAUUGAGCCGUUUAUGACCAAACCUUUGAGUGAAUUAUAUGAAUACAUUGCACCACAUGAAGUUCGAUUACCAAAAGGCACAGCACAACUUGAUACAGAUAAUACCAUUACAUCAUAUAGUCAAAUUCUAAAAUUAGCACAUUAUAAAGCACCAAUACCGGUGAUUAUGAAAAUUGGCGGUGAAAAUAUCCAAGUUAUAACGGCUAAAAAACAAGAUUUAAUUUUUGGAUUGAGCUGUCAACUUAAUGAUGUAUUUCAUGUAUCAGAGAUUGAGGAUAUUACAUUUUCAUCUAAUAAAAAUGUUAACAAUGAAUUUGCAAUUAAACAAAAUGGCAGACCUUCAUUUAUAUUUGCAAGUCCAAUGAGAGACACAAUUAUGCAGGCCAUUCGUACUUCUAAAGCAAAAUACCAAAUAGCAAAACCAAGUAAAGUCACUGAAAGAAUUUUAAGACCAAAUGAUGUACCAGGAACUUUGCUAAAUAUGACAUUAUUUAAUAUUGGAAGUGAAGAUCCUAAUCUUAGGCUGGCUGCAUAUAAUUUGCUGGUCUCUCUAAGUAAUGUAUUUAAUUUUGAUGUAGGAAAUCAAUUAUUGGCUACAAAAGGUUUAUGUAUUCCAGCAAAUAAUACAAAUUUUAUAGUUGGGAUAAGUGAAAAACUUGCUGCUUCAGAAAGUCGACUUACUCUUGAUUUUCUAAGGGAAUUUUUUGUUGGGUUCAACAAGUCAAAUACACCAACAAAACAUUUAUGUCUUCAAUAUAUGGCUCCUUGGUUGUUAAAUUUGGCUGAAGUUGCUAUUGAAUGUUGUGUUGAUAUAUGUAAAGCUUCAACUUAUGUAUCUAGGAAAGAUUCGUUGGCUUUACGUUUGAUUGUACCAGAAAUCGAGAAUGAUUUACGGGAAAGACUUUUUGAUCCUGUUAGAAGUUUGACAUAUGAUAAUCAAUUUAAUCAAAGCCUUAUGACUGAUUGUUUGACUGCAUUAUUCAAAUUAAACAAUACUACUUUAAGAUCAUUUAUUCCAGUCUGUUUAAAUGAAAAUGCACCAAGUGUUUUCAAAUUAGUAUUGGUUAAAAGCUGUUAUGCUAUCGCUUCAGAGGAAAAUAAAUUUCCUUGGAACCCGCAGCUUUUAACAAUGUAUCCUGUUCUUGCCACACCGCUUCGAAAUUUAUUUCAUCAAUAUAUUACCAGUCGUGAUAGGUUAGAUGUUAAGAAAAAGAAGCAAACAAGAGAAAGACCAGAUGAAAUUAAUGAGAGAAUGGAAAUUAUUUUAACAAUUUUGAAAUUAUAUAAAUCUGAUCCUUUGUUAGUACUUGUACAUAGUGAUGCAAAUGAGAACCCUGAUGAGAUUCGAAGGGUCAUUUAUGGGAUGACUUUAUGUGUAAAUGAUCACAAUCCUGUAAUUCGCACCACUGCAGCUGAAACAUUAAUAAAGCUACACGAUUUAAAAUAUAUUGAACAAUGGAGUUCAAAUGAUAAAAGGAUGCGUAGUUUUUGGGUUAUUAGUUCACAAGUUAUGUUAGCUAUUGCUAGACAAACAUUGGAAUAUAAAGAAUCCGAAGAGAGUACAAAAUAUUUGCUUGGUCUUUUACUUCAAUUAUUUAAACGACAUAAUGAAUUUUUAAAAGCUCAUAAGCUUUUUUCAGAAUUUAUGCGUAGAAAUGCAAAUAGAAAUAUUGAUUCAAUAGUAUCUAAAGAAAUAUUUUACAAAGGAGGUAUUUCAAAGGCUUGA